UUCAGUGUCGUGAAAGGUAUGAACGUUAAAGUUUGGUAGCAGUUUUUGGCGCAUCCAAUUUUGAAAUCUCUGCUCCCAUUCCCACUUGAUAAAGAGUAACGUCAAUCCCCAUUCUCUCUCUUCUACCGUCCACUUCCCAAUUCCCCAAACCAAGCCAUUAAACAACACUCACCUACCAGAUUCAAAUGGACUUCAUUUUACUGUAAAUUUGUAUAUUAGUUAUUUCAGUUUCUGAUUGUUGUUCUGUGAGUUUAAUGGCGGUGGUGUCGAAGAAAUUGAAAGAGCAAAGGGAGAUUAGCCCAGAGAGAACAAAGGUGUGGAAGGAGCCUCCAAAUAGCAAGCACCGGAAAGUUCCAGUUCUUUAUUACCUUUCCAGAAAUGGGCAGCUCCAACAUCCUCAUUUCAUGGAGGUUCCUCUUUCCUCUAAUCAAGGCCUCUAUCUCAGAGAUGUGAUGGAUCGCUUGAAUUUUCUUCGUGGGAUAGGCAUGGCUUCUAUGUAUUCAUGGUCUUGUAAACGGAUGUAUAAGAAUGGAUUCGUCUGGCACGAUUUAUCUGAGAACGAUUUAAUCUACCCUGCGCAUGGUCAAGAGUACGUUCUCAAAGGAUCGGAGCUUGUGGACAAUACAUUAUUUGAAACGGAUUCUUCUUUAGUUUCGAAGAAGAAUCUGCCACCUCCGCCUGCGCCGCCGCCGCUUGAAAGCGCCAAGGACGGCGAUGGGGAGGUAGAUAUUCCGGCAGUGCACAGACGGCGGCGGAACCAGUCUUGCAGCUCGAUCGACCUCAACUUACAGGAGUACUGUGUAUACAGAGCAGAAUCCUCCGGAAGCGCCUCCGCCGAUGCGUCCACUCAGACCGACGAUAAGCGGCGGCGCCACCACUCCCGGCGACCACUCAAAGAAGUGGAAGCAAAACAGCAUCACGAAAUCGUAGAAGAGAAGAGCGAGAUCGAGAUUUCACCACCGUCAUCGAAUUCAAGCACCGAAACCUUAGGAACGUUAAUGAAAGCCGACGGCCGUCUUAUCCUACAACCAGAGACAGUCAACGACAGUCAAACGGCCAACAGUCAACGGUCCAAAACUUCAUCAAUUCUGAUGCAAUUAAUAUCUUGCGGAUCAGUUUCAUUUAACGACUGUGGUCCUGGACAAGGAUUGAACUUAAUCUCCCUUUACAAACAGAGACUGCCACGUAGCAAAGGAUCAGGGAAGUUAACUGCAGGAACUGGAAGAGAAAAACUGGAGGGAAAAGAAUAUUUCAGUGGCAGCUUAGUAGAGACAAAGAAGGAGGAAUUUCUAACUCUGAAAAGAUCCUCUUCUUACAAUGCAGAUAGGUGAUUUUUAUUUGCACCGUAUAUUACUCUAUUGAGUACCUUUUUUUGUUUUUUCCUUUUUUUUUUUUCUUUUUUUUUU